UUGUAGGUUAUAUAUUUGAAAAGCUUAGUCGGAAAUAAAAGAAAAGUCGAAGAUUAACAUUAAUAACAGUAAUAAUAAAUUAGUAUGAAUUCUACGGAUGAUUUUCUUUAUUUACAAAUGCUUUUAUCAAAUGUGAUUAAAGAUGUUGGACCACUUAUAGACUUGAAAUUUAGAGGAGGAAAGGAAAUCGAGCUAUUUUCCAUUUCAAAUUCUGUAAAGGAGUACUUGUCAUUGAAAACAUACAUUAAAAGCAGUCACAUUGAAUAUAAAUUUCAACAAAAUGUAAAUAACAUAGUUUUAUGCCUUAUAGUUAACACAGACUUUGAAGACAGUUCUUUUAAAAAUCAGGAGUCUGUUGUUCAUUUAUUGAACAGUAUUCCACCUCUUUCUAAAUGUGUUUUAAUAAGUAUAUUGGUGGAAGUAGAGUUAUCAGAAUGUCUUCCAAAAAUUCAUAGUUUACUUUCUCCGAAAGUUAUAUUGGAAAUGGUAGAUGAAUUUAUAGUAUUUUCCAAAAGAGCUCUUCCUCAAAAAAGUUUACCACCAGCUGUUAACUUUUUGAAGACGAUAAUUUUAGUUUUUUCUCUUAUUGAUGACAAUUUUCAGAAUAAAGAAAUUCUAGAAAGGCUAACGGAUGCGGGAGUAGAAGUUGCAAGAGGUGUUGGAAGAGUUAAUCCAGAUCUAAUAGAGGGUUGGACUUCAAAACGUGUUUACAGUCAUAUGGGAUACACUUUAAUAAAUUUAUUAAGACUUCUAUUAGUUUGUAAUGAAGAAAGUAAUCUAUUAAGCAAGUUAAUUAAUGGUUUAAUUUCUGCAAGUAUAUUUAUUAUGAAUGCAGUAUCAGUCGAUGUAUUUUGUAUCUGGGCAGAAAUUACAUUUGAGGGACACCCUCUUCAAACUGUUAUAGCUUUUGAAGCAUAUAAUGUAGUUAAUAAAUAUAAUUCGUAUGGUCCUGCCAAAAAACUUGUUCACAUGUUGUCGACGAUUUCCCGAAAACCGAAAAGUUUGCGAGAAAUCAUUCUAGAAUCAGAUGUGGAAAGUAUCGUCGAUAGAGUUGGCGACACCGAUUCAGAACCAGAUAUUCAAAGACAAUGGUUCGUUGCAUUAUUAAAUACCGAUGUGUUUUCUAAUAAAAAAGCUACAAAGUGUUUAAAACAGUACACACAUUUGUGCAACGAUGAAGACGUAUUUCGUAUUUUAAAUUUAAGUAGAAACUACACUAGUAAAGAAGUUAAACAAGUCGCAUUGAAUUGCGCUAAGAAUUUAGAACCAUCAAAAUUAAAUAUUAUAAUAACCAGAUUCUUUUAUGAAUAUGGGGUGAAUUCAGAUUUGUGUAUAGUUGAUAAUAUUGAGGAGAGUUUGAAAAAAGUUUUGGGAAGAAUUAAAGAUGAACAGGACGAGUCUUCCAUAGCCAAUGACAUUUUAAUUUUAAUAUUACAAAGUCCAGAAGAAACACUGGAGGUUUUAUUUAUGGAACGUCUCUAUAAUGUCGAAUAUGCAAAUAAAUUAAGAGACACUUUUAGAUAUAUAAAAUGUGUAGCCGAAGUAAAUUCCAUUUGGUUUAAAACUUUUUCGAAAAUGUUUUCUGUAACAAGGGAAACGUUGCCGAAUUAUACAAACUUUGUGAAUACCUUGAUUGAAUUGGAAUAUAUCUCUUUUGCAAAAUAUUCUGAAGAUUUUUUGGCUCCAAAAAUUGAUGAUUUAGUCUCAAAAACGGACUACGAAAAUUUAUUAACAAUUUUAUACUUAUUACACGGUAUUGAACAUAUUGAUGGUAAAAGCUGUAAAUUUCUUACAACAGUUUUAAAUGCUUUAAAUAAAACGAGAUGUAAAUUUCUUGAAUUUUCGUGUGUGAAACAAAACUGCGCUAAAUUGAUUGUAGAGGUUUUGAAUAGAAUAAUUUUCAGUGGCAAAGUGACAAAUGAUGAAAUUCAAGUAGAGAAUUUGGAUAAAAUAAACCGAUUUUACUUAGACUGUAUUAAGAUUCGAAGGGACUUUUUGACAUAUAUAUUUCCAAAUGUUGAGUCAUUGGAGUACAGUGAAUGGAUAAGUCGACUGAUACAGCUUUUGCCUCAGGGUGUGGAAAUUGAAUGGGAAGAUAGUUUUAAAACUGUGAAAUCCAUUAAAGGUUUAGAUAAAGCUGCGGAGAUGUUUACUGAUGUUCUUUUGUUGCUUUGCCAAUUAGUUGAUAGUCAGACUGAUAAGGAGUCUGAGCAAGCUAGAAACUCGUCAGCCGGACUGAAAUAUUACUUAGAACUUUACAGUACUACAAUAAAAAAGUAUUUAUUUUGUGAUAACAGUAUAGAAAUGGGGAAAGUUGGAUGUAAAAAUGUGUGUCGCCUUUUAAAGUAUAUACCUGAUGAUAUAAAGGAGGAAGAAGGUUUAAAACUUAUAGAAACGUUACCAGAAGAUGCUCUUAAGAAACUCACCAACGACGAGUCAUUUGUUUAUUCUUUAGCAGCCAUAGACAACAGGAAAUUAUCACAAAUUAUUGCAAAAAGAAUGAUUUCGUAAUUGUUGUAGUUUUUUAAAUAAUUUUAAGUGCUUUAA